AUGCUGCCCACCCCGUCGACGUCGCAUGUCGACUACAACCGCAUCUACGAGCCAGCAGAGGACUCCUUCCUGUUCCUCGACACCAUCUCCUCGCCAUCGGAGACGAGCUUUCUGACAUCGCGGUUUCAAUCCGGCCCUACGCCGCUGGUGGUCGAGGUCGGGACGGGCUCGGGGGUGGUAAUCGGCUUCGUGGCCGCCCAGGCGCGGCACGUAUUUGGCGGAGACCACGGCGCCGUGGUGGCGGUCGGCGUCGACGUCAACGCCUUUGCGUGCGCCGCCACGGCCGAGACGGUGAAGCGGGCCCUUCAGGAGGAACAGGAAGGAGAAAAAGAGCAGAGCGCCGGCGGCGGCGGCGGCAGCAGCAGCAGCAGCAGUGCGGGUCCUGCCGGCUUGUACCUGGGCUCGGUGCGGGCGGACCUGGGCUCCGCGCUCCGGCCCGGCCAGGUCGACGUCCUGCUCUUCAACCCGCCGUACGUCCCCACACCCGAGAUGCCGGGCCGCGACGUCGAGGCCGAGCUGCAAAAGGGCGGCGGCGACGACUUUGCGCGGGACUCGUACCUGCUCGAGCUGUCGUACGCCGGCGGCAGGGACGGCAUGGAGACGACGGACCGGCUCAUCGACGCCCUGCCGGAGCUGCUGUCGGACAAGGGCUGUGCGUACAUCCUGCUGUGCGCGCAGAACAAGCCCGAGGACGUGAAGAGGAGGAUACUGGGGUUUGGAGACGAGUGGAGGGUCCACAUGGCCGGCUCUAGUGGCAAGCAGGCCGGCUGGGAGAAGCUUCAGAUCAUCAGGAUAUGGAGGGAGCAGGACACGGACGAUGUGAGGUGA